AUGUCUCACGCAAACGCAUACCAAAAGUUUGAAGUGGUUGGGCGUGGUAGCUUUGGCUCUGUCUAUCGAGGAGUCUCUUUGCAAGACGGCCAGGAAGUGGCCAUUAAAAUCAUCAACCUCGACAAGGACGAGGAUGACGUUUACGACGUGAUUCAAGAAAUCAAUAUGCUGCUGCAGUUGCGUACCCCACAAAUUAUUCGAUGCUACGAGUCUUUUAUGGUAGACACAGACAUGUGGUUAGUCAUGGAGUUUUGUGCUGGUGGUUCUUGUGCAGACCUUGUACGCUACGUCAAGGCUUUAGGCGAAGGCCCCAUUGCUUACAUUUUGCGGGAAGCCCUGUUUGGCUUACGCUAUUUGCACCGCGAACGUAAGAUCCAUCGCGACAUUAAGGCAGCCAACAUUUUGUUGACGGGUCGUGGAGAAGUCAAGCUUGGUGACUUUGGAGUCAGUGGACAACUCACGCAGACACUGACACACAAGCAGACAUUUGUGGGGACACCUUAUUGGAUGGCACCAGAGGUGAUUGGAUAUAAGCCAAGGCCUGGGACUGAUGAUAGUGAUGAGGAUAGGGAUGGGGAUGAAGAAGAAGAAGAGGAUAAUGAAGAGGAUGAUGAUUAUGAGAGUGAGAAUGGAGGAGAUGACGGUUUGAAAAGGAGGAGGAGGAGGAAAAAAAAGGGAUACAAUACCAAGGCUGAUAUUUGGUCAUUGGGGAUUACAGCUUUUGAGCUGGCUGAGGGUAGUCCUCCAUUAUCGCAUUUACAUCCCAUGAAGGCAUUGUGGGAAAUUCCACAUAGUGCACCACCAGGACUGCCUCGGUUUCAAGCAGGCUCAGGAAGUCCUGCCUAUGACUCGCGAAACUUGGCACAGUACCAGCAGCAGGCUCAAGCUCAACAAGCAGCUGGUGGGGUAUAUACUGGAGGAGGAGGGGGAGGAGGUGAGCAAAAGAAACGGAGGCUUGGGUUGUUGGGAUCUCGUCGAUCUGGGGGAAGUGGCGGAGGAGGAGGAGGAGGUAGUGGCGGAGGAGGUGGAGGAGGAAGUAGUUCAAGUGGGAAUGAAAAUGGGAGGCCGGACGUCCCCGGGACUGCGCUUGGGUCUUUUGGAACGAGUUUGUUUAAUGGGACUUGGCAGCCGUUUAGCAAUAGUGCGGAUCCUGUAUUAUCUUGUUAUACAGUGGGAAAAAGUGGGGGUGGUUUAUUUCCUGAGGGUGGUAGUGGUGGUAUCAUCAACAGCAACAGCAAUAGCACCACCACUAGUCCUGCGCCGUAUAUUGCGCCGCAUGAGUACUCUGCCGCAUUUUGUCAGUUUGUGGAGUUAUGUUUAUGUAAAGAUGCUCGGGCACGUCCUAAUUGUGAGCAGUUGCUUGCUACUCGGUUUAUAUUAGCUACAAUGGGGAGUAAGGGGUUUGCUCGGGGGUAUAGAGAAGCGGCAGCAGCAGCAUUUGAUAGAAGUAGCAAUGGAGGAAGUUCAGGGGGAGGUGUUGGGGGGUAUUCUGGUCCAGGGAUGGAAGAUCUUGGGUUAUUGGAGGCACAAAAGCAAGCAAUGGCAGCAUUGAUUGUACGGAAGGGAGUUUCAAGAGAGGUUUAUAAUAAGAAGAGAGAGGAAAGACGGCGGGCUAAGAUACGAGAAAAGGAAAGAGAGAAGGAGAAGGAGAGGGAGAGGGAGAGGGAGAAGGAAAGGGAAAGAGAGAGGGAAGUUGUGGCGGCAGCAGCAGCUAAGAAGAAGAAGGAGCGGGAAGUGGCAGCAGCAGCAGCAGCAGCAGCAGCAGUGACUCAACAACAACAGAAGCAACAACAGCAACAGCAACAGCAAAGAGCUUCACGAUAUGGAAGUCCAGGAGGAGGAGGAUCUGGGGCAGUAUUGCAACCAUUGAAUAUGGAUGAGAGUGGAGUCCAGCGGUAUCCUGUUAAGGGAUAUGGAGGGGAAGUUAAUUGUGUGAAUCGUGUUAAUGUUGGUGGUAAUCAAGUUCCUCAGUAUCCUGGGCAGAAGAUGUUGCCAACUCCACCAUUAGCACUUGUUGGUCAUGGAAGGCAAGCUACACAGAUUGAAUUGGGAGGUGGGUUAUGUAUGCAGAGUACACCAGUUGAAGUUGGAGUUGGUGUAGGUUUAGGUGUAAAGAGUGUGGAAAGUGAGGGAGGAAGUGAAGGAAGUGAAGGAGGAGGAGGAGGAGGAAGAGGAGAAGGGAAUGGAAGUGCAAUGGAUGUUGAUUCAUAUUGGGAAAUGAUGGAAGAUUGGGAGUUUCCUACAGAGAGUAAAAAGAGUGGAGGGCUUUUAAGUGUGAGUAUUCAGAAUCCCAAGAAGCAGCAGCAGCAACAGCAGCAACAGCAGCAACAGCAACAGCAACAGCAACAGCAACAGCAACAACAACACUUUGUUGCACUUGAGCGAAUAAUGUUUGAAAGUAUUGAGCGAGUAGCUAGGAGAGCUCGGAGUGCUGGUGUGAAGCGGACAGUUGGAGAGAUGGCUAUUCAAAUGAGGGAAUGGGAGGCUAGUGCUCAUGGGGUUAUAGGAGCACUUGUAGAGGAGAUUUUAGGUGGUCUUCGAAGUGGAGAUUUUUUAUAG